AGUGGCUGCGGCAGCCACUUGCCACUCAGUUGCUCGUCGGCAGUCGGAAGGCAUGGAUGGCAGUGUCGCAGCAGCAGCAGCAGCAGUGGCAGCCACAGUACUUGCAACAUCAUCAGCAACAUCACUAGCAACACUUGCAACAUCAGCAACAGAACCAUCUGGAGCACCAACAACCUUCAUUUUUUAACUAAAAAUUAUAAUAAAAAAAAAACAAAAAACUAUAAGAACAAGAAGCAAUUUUUUAUAUAAUUUUUUUUCAAGUUAAUUUAUUAAUUAAAAAAAAAUAAUUAAAAAAAAAAGAGAAAAAGUGUCAAAAGUGUUAAAAAAAAAAAAAUAGAAAAACUUUCGAAAUUUUUUUUUGGCAAACUUUUCGCGGUGCGUGCUUUGUGGUUGUGUGGCGCCUUAAGCCCUUUUUUGUGGCACUGCCCCAGCUGCCACCCCCCCCCACCCCCCUCGAUGGGGAACGCAUUUAAGUGCAGAUUUAUGUUUCAGAAUCGCCAGCCCUGGGCCACCCACCGAAACACACAUCGACACACUGCCAAUUAAAGUUGCCACAGAAGCAGCAACAGUAGGAACUUGCAACACAACUUGCAACUUGCAACAGUAACUGCCAAAAAAAAAAAAAAAAAAAAAACAAAAAGGGAAUUAUAAGCACUGUGACAAGAACAAAAACAAAAAAAAAACAACAACAAUUGCAAUAACACUUGCAACAACAACAACAACAACAAUAAUAACAACUACAACAACGUGUUGCUGCCACAAAACGCAGCAGCCACAACGUGAGCGUCAUCGUUGCCCUUCGCACGCCUCUGCGGCCACCCCCUAAUUAAUUGCAGGUGGCAAGAUGCAGGAUGCUCGGCUGGCUGCCAGGAUCGCAACUAGCACGGCCCGUUCCUGUCAGCGGCAGAGAUUCUACGAACCGAAUGCCGAGGUCCGUUGGCCCAAAGAGGGCAGCCAUUAAAGCAGCAACCAACGGCGAGGGUUGCCACUAAACUAACAGAUACACAGUGACUGUGGGACAAGGGGCGCUGGUUGUUUGGAACAAACUAUGAUAACGAGGCUCUAUCACACCGAAGAGGAUCCCGCCUACUGCUCCUUCAUCGGUGGCAGCAACAUAAGCAUCAGCAGCAGCAGCAGCAGCAUCAGCAGCAGCGAUGUCCUUGCCACAUCCGCGAAUGCCACGCCAGUGUUUGGUAGCGACCUGCGGGAUGACUUCUACAGAGAUGUGGAGGAUCCGCGUACAGAGUCGCUGCGCGAAUACUGCUACGGCCUGCUGUUACCCAUCAUCUGUGCCAUGGGCAUUAUCGGCAAUGUGCUCAACUUGAUCGUGCUCACCAGGCGGAAUAUGCGCGGCAUCGCCUACAUUUACAUGAGGGCCUACUCCACCGCCGCCCUUCUGGCCAUCGUCUUCGCCAUACCCUUCGGCAUCCGCAUGCUGGUCCACAAGGACCGGGGCCAGUGGGAGGAGUUCGGCCCCGCCUUCUACACCGCCCAUUUGGAGCUUUAUUUGGGCAACGGCUGUCUCGGAGUUGGUGUCAUGAUGCUCCUCGUCCUCACCAUCGAGCGCUAUGUCUCCGUCUGUCAUCCGGGAUUCAGCAGGCCAGUGAUGGGACCACCGGGAGUGGUGGUCUUCUUCACCUGCCUGGCGACCGUGAUCGUCUACCUGCCGAGCAUCUUCCGGGGAGAGCUAAUCAAGUGCAUGCUGGGCUCCAGCGACGUGUACGUCUAUCUCCGCAGGGACAACACCAUCUACCAGCAGACGCUCUUCUAUAGGGUCUACAAGAUCAUGCUGGAGGUGAUCUUCAAGCUGAUACCGACGGUCCUAAUCGGCGGCCUCAACAUGCGGAUCAUGAUGGUGUAUCGAAGGACCUGUGAGCGCCGCCGGCAAAUGGUAUUGAGUCGUCCGCAGGCUCAUCAUCAUCAGAACGGACCAGGAUAUGUCAAGGACGAUGAUCCGCGUAAGUUCGCCGAGGAGAGGCGAUUAUUCCUGCUGCUUGGCAGCACCUCGAUCCUGUUCCUUGUCUGCGUCUCCCCGAUGGCGAUACUCCACAUGACCAUUGCCUCGGAGGUGUAUCCGAGCUUUCCGUUCCAGGUGUUCCGGGCUAGUGCUAAUCUGUUGGAGCUGAUCAACUACUCGCUGACGUUCUACAUCUAUUGUUUGUUCAGUGAGGACUUUCGCAACACCCUGGUGAGGACGAUCAAGUGGCCAUGGCUGAAGGGCAAGUUGUGCCAUCAGGCUGAUCAGCACGAGGUGAGUGCCAGUCCGCCGGCGACCGCUGGAACUGUUGCCGCUGGCAUCGGUACUGCGCCAGCAACUGCUAAUCCUUCCCCGGCGAUUCCGGCGAAUCCGGCGCCGAUCCUUCCGACAGACCAUCCGCACGGCGAGAAAUCCCCCCAAAGGAUACCAAAUGGCACGGUUCGAUAAGCGGCAGAAGACCAAGGAUAAGUCCCAUCACAAUCACAUAACCACCACAUCCGGCUUGGGGCGUUCCAGCAGCAUAUAGUGUGGGCGAUCUAUCAGCGAUAACCGAUAACCGAUAACCGAUAACCCUCCAACAUUCCCCUCAGCCAGUUACUCACCCCAGCUUCAAAUCCCCAUCCCAAGGUCGGCAUUCUCUUGUUCAACAGCAGUAUCGAUAACAAAAACCGAUAAAAAUAACCAUUCCGAUAACAAAUAGAGGACAUCAAGCUUUAAAUCAAGAGUUAUCGAUAGAAAAUACCGAUUCUCCUAUCGAUAACUCUUUGGAUGGAGCUUUAAAUCAAGAGUUAUCGAUAGAAAAUACCGAUUCUCCCAUCCAUAACUCUUUGGAUAGAGCUCUGAAGGCUUAAUAUCCCAGUGUGCAUGUAUACCAGAAUAAACCGAUAAACUAUCGAUUAAAAAUAUCAAUAAUAUUAACCAGACAACUAUCGAUUAAAGUAAAAAAAGCCUAUUCCUUAGAGAAAAACUGAAACAAAAAAAACUGAAUUGAGUUGAAAGUUAGCGCUUUGGAUAGAAAAUAUCGAUACACGCAAGCCGUAAUACUAAUCGCGAAGCAAAUAGAAUCUCUAGGUGUGAUUUCACUGAAAAAAAAUGGUAACUUGUUGUAUUCAAUAGCAGUAUAAGCAUUUAAAGAUCGAAAGAAACAGGAAUAUUUGUGUGUUCAAUGGCAUUAAAUAGAAAACUAUCGAUUAUCGAUAACAUAGAUGACACUCUCCCGCAA